CGAUUUCGGAGUGCCUGCGUAUCAAGUGUCAUACUACGCCAGAGCAUUAAAUAACUCCCACACUUCAAAAAACCCCAAAUCUCUCUCCGUUUGCAGAAGAUGAAGGAGAAAAAAGGAGAAAGAGAGCUGGAAAACAGAUUGUGAAUCUUAGCCAAUGGAGAAAGAAAUGAAGAAUACGGUAGAGGAAUCAGUGGAUUGGAUCAGUGACUUACCAGAUGCUAUUCUGCAAUAUAUCUUGUCCAAGUUGACAUUCAAGACUGCCGUACGAACAAGCAUACUUUCUAGCAAAUGGAGGGACCAUUGGACUUUAAUUCCAAAACUAGAUUUUGAUGAUACAAUAUGGGCUUCCAUCCCAAGCAAGUACUCCAAGGAUGACAUCCGAGCCCCCCCAAAAAGAGAUGAAUUUGCUGGAAUUGUAGACCGGUUUCUGCGGGGAUACAAAGGUCGUAAGAUACAGAGGUUCUGCCUCUACUUCCCUCCAGUUGAAGGGUAUCAUUCUCAGAUCAUGGAGUGGCUUAAAGUUGCAAAAGCGAAAGGCGUCAAGGAGGUUGAUCUCGACUUCAAGAUGGAGCCUGCGACACGGUUUGAUCUGCCUAGUUUUAUCAUGGAAUGCGAAUCGAUAUCAGUCAUGAAGUUGAAGUAUUGCAAUUUGAAACUCCCUUUGGGUUUCCGAGCCUUGCACUCCCUCAAGAACCUUUAUCUGAGAGAGGUGGACAUCACAGACGACAUGGUGGAGAUCUUGCUUUUGGAGCGCUCCCUCCUCGAGAGCUUGUCUCUGAUCAAGUGUAAUCAACUGGUGCAGCUCAAGGUCACUUCUCCUGGCCCACACUUCAAGACCUUGGCAGUCGUUGACAAUGAAAAUCUGAAUAGCUUUGAGAUCAAUGCUCCUAAUCUUCAGACCCUGCAGUUCUCUGGGCAGGCAAUUGAUUUCUUUUUUAAGAACAUUUCUGGGCUGCAAGAUGCAUUGCUUUACAUGGCAGGCGGGCAGCUGGAUGAUGAAAGUGAAGAUGCUCCUUUUGAUCCAAAAGUGCUUAUGUCUUGUUUUUCACAUGUCGAGAUUCUCUCUGUCAGUGCCUCGCUCAUCGAGGCACUGUGGACAGUAAGCCUAUUCUCGCUGCCGUUCGCUACUCGAUUUUAUAAUCUGAAGGAACUACAUGUGCCUCUGGAUGUGAUGAGCGAUUUGGAUCUUGCGACUCUCACUUGCUUUCUCGGUGUCUGUCCUUAUUUAGAGAAGCUUUUCAUAGAGGUAGGUGCUCACAAUGUAGGGUCUGAAUACACAGAUGAAAUCCGCUUGCCUAGGGAUUGGUACCGGUACUCUUUUAAGUUGUUCAACUGCAGGCUGUAUCACCUCAAAACCGUCAAGAUAACAGGAUUUGUGGGCCAGACAAUCUUAAUGAAGCUGGUGAAAUAUCUCAUGGCGAAUGCAGUUGCAUUGAGGUCAUUGAUCCUUGUGGCCUGCUGGGACUAUGAAGACGAUAUGAUCAUUGAUAACGUGCUGUGGGAUCUGGAGCUCAGACCAGUGCCUGCUGGUAAGCCUUUGAUGUAUAUCGGACGGGUGUUAUCACUGCACUACCGAAAUUCAUCGGGGCCCAAGAUACAAGUUGUGAGGUACUCAGAAGAUUGCGACAGCGAGAACCCAACGUACACUGAAGACUAUCGAUUCAACCAUUUAAACAAAUCAAGGUAAGAAAAUCCAUGAAAAACCAUGUUUUGUUCAUACAACUUUCUGUGGUCUGGUGGCAUUUUUUGGUAUUUUGGGGGCAUUUUGCACUUACAACUGAUGUAUCAGGCAUUUUGGGAUGGUACUCAUCUUAAAAAAAGAACAGAUACUCUACAGUUAAAACUGAUGUAUCAGGCAUACAAUGCGAUGUUUCAGUUUUAUAGUCAA